AUGUCUCCCGCCCAGAGGACCCCCUCCCCCUCGUCGACAAUGCUCUCCGUUGCUAGCUCAGCAGCACCCAACCCGGCCAAGACACCCGCCGAAAUACCCUUCGUUCGAAAGCGUCUCCUCCACGAGCAGACCACCGUCCUCCUCACCGUCUUCGGGGAAAAGACUCAUCCAUCUAGGGAAGAGCGCGCGAUUCUCGCUGCAGAGCUCGGCAUGCAGCUGAAAACCGUCAGCGCAUGGUUCCAGAACAGGCGUCGCAGCAUAAAGAAAAAGUCAUUGACAUGGAGCAGGCGCUCCAUGCAGGAGAACCGCCGUCCAGCCGCUGCAGCCAGCCGAAUCAAGACUUCCACCCAAGGUCCAGCCAUAUCCUUGGAUUGCAUCGCGUCUGCACGCGAACGACCUGCCCACCCGCCCAGUAAUUUCGGUGCCAUGCGUCCCCCGUUAACUCCCCAUCGUCUAAAUACAGCCAAUAUUUUCUCCCUUCCCUCGAGACAAUCGACCGCUCUGUGGGAACAUAUCCCGUCGUCACCUCCUGCACUGCCUUCGUCGCCUAUGGCAGAAAGCGCUCGGUUUUCCGUACUUGGCAUACACUCAAAGACUGCACGUUCGCUCGAGUGGGCAUGUGCCAAGGCGCGAGCGGCAGGGACACAAGGUGACGGCGACGUACCGAUGUUGGACCUUGACCGUGCCAGCGACACCGUCACUGGUGGAGGGGAUGAUGACUCGGACACCGAGACGGAAGACUUCGAGGUGAUUACGCCGGACGCUAGCGCUAUCCAGCUCUUCCCGAUGGUAUCCUCGCCUGGAGCGGCGAGAAGGAAGGUGCAGGCGACGCCUCCCGCGGAGGAGAUGGAGGCGGCGAUGGCUCUGCUCGAUUUCAUGGGCAAUGGCGCGUGA